CUUUCUCACUUAUUAUUGCACACCUCGCAUCUCUUUAGACAAUUUCAGCUCACCUUUCUGAGUUCUGUAUUUCAUACCAUCAUGUCCUUCUCCGGACGCCGCGUGAGCAUCCUGCGCCCCUCCAACCGACGCUUCUCGGUGGGCAAGGAGCUAUCAAACAACGAACUCCAGUCUGAAACCCAUCGUCAAUUUCGAACCGCCCACGAAGGUCACCGUCCCCAUGCGGGCCUGGACGCAUCCCGUGCCUCUACCGGUGUCGUCUGGUGUACCGAACGUGCCUCUGAACACGGCUUCUUAGAAGACCCUUCGGGCUGGGCCAAUCUCGGCCAGGGUGCUCCUGAAGCUGACGACGAGAUUGAAGGCAGCUUCCCCCGUCCUGAAACUAUUCCCAUCACCUCUGCCGCUCGAGAAUACGGCCCAACGGCUGGUAUCAAGCCUCUUCGUGCCGCUGUAGCCCGCUUGUACAAUGAACACUACCGCCAAGGCAAGGAGAGCCAAUAUACCUGGGAAAAUGUGUGCAUUGUCCCCGGUGGACGUGCGGGUUUGAUCCGAAUUGCGGCCAUUCUGGGCAACUCAUACCUCUCUUUCCCCAUUCCCGACUACUCUGCGUACUCGGAAAUGUUGAGUCUGUUCAAGAACAUUGCUCCCAUCCCGAUGCCGCUCGCCCAGGAAGAUCACUACCACAUCCAUCCUGAUAAGAUCGCGGAGGAAAUAGCUCGUGGAACGUCGGUCAUCCUGACUUCUAACCCGCGGAACCCUACUGGGCACUUUAUCUCCGGUGACGAGUUGGCCCACAUUCAGGACAUCUGUCGAGACCGCGCUACUCUCAUUCUUGACGAGUUCUAUGGCGGUUACAACUACACGACCGACUGUGACGGGACGACCAUCAGCGGUGCCGCGAAUGUCGUUGACGUGAACAAAGACGACGUUCUCCUUAUCGACGGUCUCACAAAACGUUUCCGCCUACCGGGCUGGCGUAUCGCCUGGGUUGUCGGGCCCAAGGAAUUCAUCGACGCCCUCGGCUCCGCAGGCUCUUACCUCGACGGUGGCGCCAACGUCCCCUUCCAAGAAGCCGCCAUCCCCAUGCUCGAGCCCUCCCUCGUACAUCAGGAAAUGAAGGCCUUGCAAACCCACUUCCGCGAGAAACGCGAUUUCGUCCUCAAGCGUCUUCGCGAGAUCGGCUUCCGCAUCCAAGACGUCCCGCAAGCAACCUUCUACAUAUGGCUCGAUCUGACCUCGCUUGACCCGCCGCUUCCCAAAGAAGCCAACAUAUCUGACGGUCUGAACUUCUUCAACGCUCUUCUUAGCGAGAAGGUCAUUGUCGUGCCGGGGAUCUUCUUCGACUUGAACCCGGCGAAAAGACGUGACCUGUUCGACAGUCCUUGCCAUCACUUUGUCCGCUUAAGUUACGGCCCGAAAAUGGAGGUGCUUAAGAUGGGUCUUGAUGGUAUUGAGCGGGUUAUCCGUCGUGCUAGGGGGGAGCACUAUGAACCUACAGCAAUGGACGAGCAGGCUAUUGAGGAUUAGUGCGUUUCCAUUACACUGUGUUAGGUUAUAGACGGUAGAUAUUUUAUUUCUAGAGAUUAUCAUUAUUUUA